AUGGUCCUGGAAGCGGGCUAUGCCAACACCACCGGAUUUCGCAAGGUCGUCAAGGCCACCAUCCUCGUCAAGAAGAAGCCCGGCAUGAGCGAUGAGGACUUCAUCCAGCACUACAAUCACAAACAUGCCCAGAUGGCGGCUCCGGUGCUGGAGAAGCACAAUGUGAUCACGUACAGUCUUACGUACUGCCUGAAUCGAGAUCGCAAGAUCAUGGCGGAUAUGCUACACGGCCAGGCGCAGAUGCUGGACUAUGAUGCGAUUUGCACCUUUGUGUUUAAGGACUACAAGGAUUUUGCCCGGUUCAUGUAUGAUCCUGGGUCAAAGGCUCUGACACCGGAUCACGACAAUUUCAUGGUUGAGAGCGAGAUGAAGAUGAUGGUAGGCGAUGAAUAUAUGGUGAUAGACGAGGGUCAGAGGGUGGGGUAG